AUGCCGAAAGUCAAGCCGAAGCUCACGGCCGGCGUGGCGGGCACGAUGCCGCGCCACGCCAUGGACGUGACGCGGGGCAACUCCAAGUUCGGCCACGGCCGCGACAAGGCCACGGUGAAGCGCCUGCACAUGUACAAGACCAAGUCGCACAAGCGGGACCGCGACGGAAAGAUAAUCAAGGAUGCGGGCGACCUGACCCGCACCACGCCGGAGCCGGGCGCAGGCCGCGUGGGCGCCAACCGCAAGUGGUUCGGCAACACCCGCGUCGUCGAGCAGAAAGACCUCACCCGCUUCCGCGACGCCAUGGCCAAGGCUCAGGCCGACCCCUUCUCUGUCCUGCUCAAGCAGAAGCGCGUGCCCAUGGGGCUCGUCGCGGACAAGGACUCGCAGCACCGCGCGCUGGCGGGCGCCCAGCUCGGCUUGCUGGCGAACCAGUCGUUUGAGGAGACUUUCUCGAAGAAGAGGAGGAGGAAGAGACCGAAGCUGCCCGCCUCGUCCAUGGAAGAGCUCGUGGCGAGGGCGGAGAAGGAGAAUCACGACUUCGAUAAGGAGGUUGAGAGGAAAGAGAUCGAGGCCGAUGAGCGCGCGAAGAGGAUUGCCGCGGAGGCCGCCCCGGACCCAGAUGCCAAGGAAGGGCUGCGCUUUGAUGAUCUCAAGACCGCCAAUCGGGAGAGGGUCUUCGAUAAAGGCCAGAGUAAGCGCAUUUGGGGCGAGUUGCAUAAGGUCGUUGACUCGAGCGAUGUCGUCGUACAGGUCUUGGAUGCGAGGGAUCCUAUGGGCACCCGCUGCAAGUACCUGGAAAACUUUAUGAAGAGGCAAUGCCCGCACAAGCACAUGAUAUUGCUGCUCAACAAGGCAGAUCUUAUUCCAACCUGGUCCUCUGCCAAAUGGCUUCGUAUCUUGUCCAAGGAGUAUCCUACUCUGAUUUUCCAUUCUAGUAUCACAAACCCGUUCGGAAAGGGCUCCCUCAUCAAUUUACUGAGGCAGUUCAAGUCGCUUCAUUCGGAAAAGAAAUCAAUUUCGUGCGGCCUUGUUGGGUACCCGAACGUCGGCAAGUCCAGCGUCAUCAACACGCUGCGUGCGAAGAAGGUGUCCAAGGUUGCCCCGAUUCCUGGAGAGACCAAAGUGUGGCAGUAUGUUAAUUUGUUCCGCUCCAUAUUUUUGAUUGAUUGCCCCGGUGUCGUGCAUGACUCAACUCGCAACUCUGAGACCGAGGCAAUUCUCAAAGGCGUUGUCCGUAUCGAGUCACUGCGCGGUAUGGCAGCAGAGUACAUCCCGGCCUUAUUGCAACGCGUAGAGAAGAAGUACAUCGUUCGCACGUACGGGAUCACCGAGUGGGAGCGUCCGGACGACUUUUUGGAGAAACUGGCGAGGAAGAGCGGUAAGCUUCUGAAGAGAGGAGAACCCGACUGCAAUACGGUUGGACGAAUGAUGCUAAACGACUUCCAAAGAGGAAAGCUGCCGUGGUUUGUGCCUCCUCCGGCCGUUGAGGGCGAGGAGGACGAGGACGAGGUUGGGGAGCAAAACCAAGAAAGCGAUGAGGACUCGGAUGGCGAGGGACAAGGCGAAGAAACUGAAAAGCCUCCCAAGCAAGUUACUGUGAAUCACGAAAACAUUAGAAAACUGAAAGUGACCGAACUACUCGCAGAUGAUGCGCCAGUAGACAGCGAUGGAGAGUAGUACAGAGACUGUGUCUUGUCGUUUCACAGGUAGGUAAAGAUGUCGACUGGCGCGAUAAAUUAAAUUUGUAUC